AUGACUACGAAAUCUUUUGUGUUUCUUGGUCUGAUAAGUACGGCCUUUGGACUGGCAACAAAUACCAGUCAUUCCAAUCUGCCGUCGUGUCGUGCUCUCCCUGGGGACGCCGCAUGGCCCAAAUCCCACGAGUGGGCCAAGCUCAACAAGACCAUCAAUGGAAACUUGAUUGCAACUAUACCUGAGGCUAGCGUAUGCCAUGAAUCUUCUUUCGGAACUUUUGAUUCCUCGGCCUGUGCCCAACUCAAAGCUACAUGGGAUGUGGCACUUCCCAGCCAGUGGGUCUCACAUAUUUCCGCUCCUGGAGAUGUCCUCAGCCAGUACUUCCAGAACUACACAUGCGUUCCCUUCACCAAUGUGUCUCAGAAUUGUGAGCUGGGCAACUUCCCCAACUACGUUGUCAAUGUCACUGGAGUAAACGAUGUCCGGGGCGCCAUUGCGUUUGCUAAAAAGUACAACAUAAGAAUCGUGAUCAAGAACACAGGACAUGACUACCUGGGCAAGUCCACCGGGAGAGGCAGCUUGUCCCUCUGGACUCACAAUCUCAAGUCCACCGAGUACAUCCCUUCCUACAGCUCCCCCUAUUAUAAAGGGCCCGCUGCAAAGCUAGGUGCUGGUAUUGAAGGAUGGGAAGCCUACGGGCUUGCCAAUUCGACAGGUCACCGCAUGGUUGGGGGUACCUGUCCUACCGUCGGUAUCGUAGGUGGUUAUACACAGGGUGGCGGUCACUCAAUCCUCUCUAGCUCCUACGGCACGAGUGCCGACAAUGUGCUGGAGUGGGAGGUUGUCACAGUCGACGGUCAGCACCUCAUAGCGACCCCAAAUCAAAACUCGGACCUCUACUGGGCCCUCAGCGGUGGUGGCGGUGGCACUUUUGCCGUCGUUCUCUCGAUGACCGCUCGAUUGCACACGGACAGUAUAGUGGGUGGUACCCUUCUCAGCUUCAACGACUCGAUCGUUGGCAACGCUGCUUACUGGGAGGCCGUGGGUGCAUUCCACGCACUCCUUCCUGAUUUCCUUGAUGGCGGCAACUCCUUCACUUACUCCGUCGGGAAGAACUCCUUAUCCGCAUACGGAACAAUGCCUGGUGCAAAUCUCACCGAGGUCAAUCGGUUGCUUAAGCCAUUCUUAGCUGACCUAGCACACCGCAAUAUCACUCCUUACAAUACGCCACAAGUCUCACCCAACUACUAUACCCACUUUUACACCUACCUGGGUCCAGCCCCCUACGGUUACGACGCUUUCUAUCCUUUCACCAACAGCCGCAUCAUCCCUCGAUCACUCGUGGCAAACUCUACCACGAAUGCUGUCGUCACAGACCUUUUCCGCAAUAUUACUCUUGUGGAAGCCUUCUCUCCCUUCUACUGCGACAGUUUCACUGUCGCCACCCAAUCCCAUCCGGAUAACUCGUUGCAUCCCGCGUGGCGCGAUGGGAUGCUUCUUUGUGCUCCUGCGGGCAGCUGGGACUGGAACGCGACGCCAGAGGAAAUGACGGCGCGGGAUGAGUAUGCUGCUAAAACGCUGCAGCCGAUGAUGGAUAAGGCGACACCGGGUGGUAUGGUCUAUCUGAAUGAGGCCAAUCAUCUGUACGCAGAUUGGAAGGAAAGUUUCUACGGGAAUAAGUAG